AAUCUUUCAGUAACUCUAUAGCCGUGAACAGAAGUGGAGUGUUUACCCUUCCCUCUUUAAUUUUGAGCCUUAUUUGACCUCCCGCCACGCCCAGAACCCUUCACUAUCCACAACAGACCCCAGACAUUGCAGGGAAGUGGGGUCUUUGCUUGCAGCUGCCAUCAUGUGAGACUGUGAGCAACCAUGGAGUAGGCCUGGCCGUCACGAAACCUCCAACGCACAGGUGACGGGGAGUGAGUGCGUGCGUGCGUGUGUGUGAGCGCGCAGCCGUACAGUGGCCGCCUCCCCUCUCCAGCCCUCCACCAGCCAGCCAGCCAGCCGUUGUAGAGAGGAAACAUAAUAGAAAACAAACAAGUGCCAUAAGGAAAGAACGAAUUGAUCAAGACGUGUUUGUUUUGUUGUGUUUCGUGUGUUUUUGUUUUGGUUCGUGCGGUGACGAGCGCCGGCACUGACAGUUCGUGUGUUUGUUUGUUUUUGUGAUUUUUUUUUCCUUUUUUUUCCUGUGGUGGUGGUGGUGGUGGUAGUGGUGGGAGUCGAACGCACACAUACAUACACGCACGCACGCACGUGUUGACGCAAGGACACACACGCAGGCACCAUGGCGACCACGUUUGACCCACAUGACCGAGCCAGCUGGUACUUCGGUCAGAUGUCCCGUCAGGAUGCUACGGACCUCCUGAUGGCGGAGAGAGACAGUGGGGUCUUCCUGGUGCGAGAUUCCACGACUAUCAUUGGGGACUUCGUGCUCUGCGUCAGAGAGGACACGCGGGUUUCACACUACAUCAUCAACAAGAUUCAGCAGGGGGAGCAGGUGCGUUACAAGAUAGGCGACCAGAUGUUCCCUGACCUGGCGUCCCUCCUGAACUUCUACAAGCUUCACUACUUGGACAGCACGCCUCUGGUCCGGCCUGCCCCCAAGCGCUGUGAGAAGGUCGUGGCCAAGUAUGACUUUGACGGAAAUGACCCGGAUGACUUGCCAUUCAGGAAAGGAGAAAUUCUCACCAUUGUCAGCAAAGAUGAGGAGCAAUGGUGGACUGCUCGUAAUUCAACCAAUCAGACCGGCUCCAUACCUGUGCCCUAUGUACAGAAGUACGAGGAAGGCGAGAACAUCACUCCGCCCUCCAACAAAACCUCCGCCCAGUCCACAGACUCUGCACCUCGGCCAAGACCAAGCCUUCAGAGGAGGCUGCCAGCGUAUGCCAGGGUGAGGCAGGCGCGGGUCCCCAAUGCCUACGACAAGACAGCACUGCGGCUGGAAGUGGGGGACGUCAUCAAGGUCACCAGGAUGAACAUCAACGGGCAGUGGGAAGGGGAGCUCAACGGGAAGGUCGGGCACUUCCCCUUCACCCACGUUGAGUUCAUAGAAAGUGAAAACUCGGUGGAUGGAGAACCGAAUUAAGACCUCGACUCGUCCCUCUGCACCCCUCGUCCUUCCCUCUCCUCCUCCCCCAGUCCCCGUCACCUUAGGUCUUCCCCCGUUUCCUCCCUUCACCUCCAGUCUCCAGCCCCUCCCUAGAUUAUUUUUAUUUUCUUAGGUGUAGCGCGAAUGAGAGCGAUUUUACUGUAUAUGACUUUUAAUCAUGGCACAGAGAGGUUGUGCAAGUGUUAGUGAGGCUGUGCAGUGCGGUUUUUAUGGGUUUUCUUGCGAGAUUAAUAAAAUGUAAUAAUGUAUUCAGAGCGGAGGUGAAGGCUGCAGGCCGAGGCACGUCGGGAGCUGCCUUGCCAUCCUCCCCUGCCUGCCCUACCACCCUGCAGCCGACACUCCCGACUCUCUAGCCACCCUUCCACCCCUCCCCUGCCACCUCUAACACUUUUUAAGACAUAAGACAUAGAAUCAAACCUGCUUGCCUUGACCACACCUGUCUCCCAUGCCUGCCUGUGGUUUGCUGCGUUCUUGGCAGUGCUGUCCCGGGGCGCUGGGAGCCAGUCUGAGCCAAAUUAGGGAUAAAUUGGCUACAGAUUUUUAUUAUACAUACACUAAUAUAACUCUCCUACACAGAAUUGUACUAAAUUUAAAAAGUGGAUAUUUCUCCCCUCUACACCGCAAACAUCACUAUAGUUUAUAUUAUACUGACACUAAUACAAUGCUCAUGAACUUCACAAGGAAAAAUUUUGAAACUCCCCUUUAAAAAUUCCUGAAGGAUUUUCUCUCCCCUUUAUUGCAAAAACCCCUCACCACUACCCAUUGUAUAGAGCAAUUUAUUUAGUGAUAAGAAGUGACACCAGAGAGAGGGUCACGUACAGGCUAGUGAGGACUGAAACACCCUGUGGCGUUCCUCCCAAGGCUGCCUUCCUGGCCAGGGGACCGACCACCACACCCACUCUUUACAAGGACUGACUGUUUAGCAAAUUACUCUCUCCUCUCAUGUGGUUUGUGAUGAGUUGUGAAUCAAUAAAGCAGAGCACAAAACUGUGUAUCGACCCUGGCAGGACUGACCCACCCCUGACCUGGUGUGCUUGGAGAGGUGACACCCACUUGGCCUCCUUUCCCCUCUCCCCUCUUCUGGUUUGUGACAAGUUGUUGAAUUUGAAGCAGAGCACAAAACUGUAUCAACCCUGGCAGGACUGACCACCCCCUGACUUGGUGUGCUUGGAGAGGUGACAACUUGACACCACUUGACCCUCUUCUCCCUCUCCUCUCCUGUGGUUUGUGAUGAGUUGUGAAUCAGUAAAGCAGAGCACAAAGCUGCCUAUCGACCCCGGCAGGGCUGACCACCCCGCUGUCCUGCCCUCCUCCCUUCCACUCACCUCAUGUGCUCGGAGAAGCAACACUACUCGCUUCUCCACGGGGAUGGACGGUUCGGCUGCACAAAACUUAUGCUCUUUCCAAUUCCUGUAAAAAAAAAAUGAAAAAAACUAAAUAUACACAACUGCCUUUUAAUGUAUUUUUUUAGGUCAGAUUGCCUUCAGCAAGAGGGUAAAAGUUUAAAAUUGUGGUAGAGUUGUGUGGGAGUGAGUACCCCCACCUCUGACGCAGCUGUGCGGGGUCUGAGGUGACUCCUGCGGCGGUCAGAGGAGGGGGGGGGUGAUGUGUGCCUCGGCAGUCUGUCUGUCUGUGCGGCUCAACCCUUUGCUGUGGUGGCGUGGCGAGGUGCACACCCAAGCCAAAUGUUCUCGCACCGUACGUAUUUUGAUGUUAUGGUAAUGUCUUGUUUAGUAUGCAGAUGUUAUCAUAUGCCAAUAAAACAAACAAUUCGUGCA